AUGGCACGGGCAACCGCGGCUGCUGCUGUAUCGUCAUCACAUGCUACCAGCUAUCGAUGGUGCUAUAUGGAGCAGGUAGACCAGGACGAGCCCCUCGCAGGCAGGAGCAACGGGUGGCGGUACAUGGAGCCUGGAGGGGUCACCUAUAGGCGCCAGGCCGUCUUCGGGACGGGAUUUAGGAUUCGUAUCUCCUUCGCUUCCUCGCCUGGGCCGGGACACAGGUGGUUCAACUCGCACCCCCUCGGAGGAGAUCCCAACCUGUACAAUUUUCAAACUUGGGCGAGGACGGUGCUGCAGAGAGGCAUGGUCCACCCGCGUGAAGCCGAGGCUUGGCGCACAGCGUUUGUAGAUGUAGAGGGUGGUGGCCUUGGACAGCUGGUUGUGUCAGCGGCCGACGAUACCUGGCGAGUAAUCCUCUGCUGGGCGUCAGCUGGCAGGAGGAUCGACGUCGACACCCACGGCAUCCCGAUCUCACUUGUAAACCUCCAGCUUAACAUAGCGACCUUCGGGCACAGAGUUGUGAGAUAUGCCCCCAUCACUGCGUUCGGCAAAAAAUGGCAAGAACAGCUCCCAGGAGCCUGUCUCGCUGUCCUCGUCGCCGACGCUUGGCGUGACAGUCAAGUCGACCUGCUAAAAGCACGGGAGAGGAGAAGGUUUGGAUUCCGCGAUGUAGAUCCCACGGGUGCGUUUAUGAUCUCAUCUCGUGGUGGUCGACCUAAAAAGGGCGCGCCUGUACAAAACAAGAACGCUCUUGACGGUGGGAACUACUUCCGCAACCUCUAUUCGAUUCUACUGGAGCGAGACAUCGGGGAAGUAGAGUUCGACAAAUGGUGGCCCUAUAUGACCAAGGCCAGCGUGGUGGUGUGGUCACAUCGGGGCACUGGUGCCAAUAUUCUUGGACCAUCCGACGGGAAAACGAACCUCCGACCGCCCACAGUACACGUCGGGGUGCGUGAGGGACACGUGUACCGGCUUGUGCUCGAGAGGCCUUUGAGAGACAGGUUUGGAUCGUCUCUAGACGUGGCAAUCGAACACCGCGUACGAACGUACCGUAAAGUCCGCCGAAUUUCUGAGAUGACCGAGGAAGAAGAGGAACCAGAUACCACUGUUUUUGGCGCCAAGACCUUCUCGUGUGUCGCUGACACUGUGAGUGAUAUCAUGGCCAUCAAACAAACAGGGGGGGACCACAACCGACAACCAGUGGUAAAUAAGCGGAAGCAUGGGAGGAAGGUAUCAGAAUGCAAGACUUGGUACGCGCCUCCAGGAACGGCCCGCGAUGAACUCAUGCUCCACCUACACCUCGCUGGGGUCUCUUGCAAGGGUAAACUCACGAACUACAGUCGCUGGGAUUCACUGUCCUUACCAGCGCACGGCUUAAUCAUCCAAACCUGGUGCAGCGCGAGCAUGGGUGGGCUCGAUCCCGAUUACUUCGAGCCCGACCAGGCAACACGAUUGAUCGAGCUGCAUACUGUAUGUAGUUCUAUACCGGAUACGUACGUAUGUAUUUAA